AUGGCCAGCUGCCGCCACCACUCAGGAUACUUGGCCGACGACGAGGCCGGCCACAGCACUUACGUGGGGCGGGUGCAGCCACCCAAGAAGCCACUAUUCUCGGGAAUGGGACCAGACUCCAAGCUGGGCCGUGAGCCACACCCACCAUCAAUUUAUGGCAGCUCAGUGCUCCGGAGCCACCACCGAAACCCCAGGGGCGCUCAGCCCUUUGGCAGCUUCCUGGAUUUCUUGACUGAAGGUCAGGUGCUGGACAGCCUGCAGACGGUGGUAGAGGAAGCGACUGAACGCAUGGCUGUCAUGAAGACAGAGGCCGGGGUACCACUGGUGGAGGUGCAGAACCCAGUGGAGGUGCUGAGACGUGACCGGCGGGUGCGUGCUCGGCCCAGCCUCAGCACCGUGCGCCGGCACCGGGCUCGACCCAGCCUCUGCACUGGACGCUCCAACAACUACCCAUCUUGCUCCAGUUCCAUGUCUGACUUCCAUAGUAGCCUCACAGCUGGCUGGCUGGGCUCCCACAGCAGAGACAGUGACCUGGUUGCUCGUGGCUUAAGCUCAUUGCCACCCGUGAGGGACAAACUCCUGCUGGAGAAGAACCUCAAGUGGCUGCUGCAGCUGGAGAACAAAGGGAAAGGACUUAAUCAGUCCUGCUCCCAGAGAGACUCCCUGCUGUGGGAUUCACUGGACAGCCAGACCAGCAGCCAGUGGACCAGGGAGCAUCCCCGGUCCUGGUUCUCAGGGCUGCUGGGCUCGAGCUCAGGUACACCUGAAGCAUCAGAGCUGGGGCCUGGAGAACAGGAACUGACCUUCCUCAAGCAAGGGCUCAACAAGGAGAUCAAGUCAUUACUGAACCAGCCGGCAUCCUUCAACCUGCCCGCCUACUGCUCACUCCGUGAGCCGCAUCGCACCCUGGACUUCCUGGCUGAGAACCAUCUCUUCCCCUCCCUGCAGCACGUGGUCAGCCAGGCUGUGGACAAGCUCAGCGGUGCCCGCCGCCACAACGGCUGCCUACUCUUCCCUACCAAAUUGGAGCCCAACCCAGGGCUGCCGGUUAACUCUGAUCUGCUGCCAGGCUCCAAGCCAGCCACACCCACCAAAAAGGAACCAUAUGAUUCCCUCCCCACCACAGCAUCCAGCCCCAAGUUAUUUCACAGAAAGAGCAAGUCCAGACAGGACUUCCCUUCCAGUUCUAGUGCCCAGGUGGCCACCAGGUUCAGGCCGAAAAGCCCCAACAGCAAAUUCACGAAGAAGAAGCCGCUGCCCUCCAUCUCACCCAAGUCCAGCAUGUCCCACCUCUCCAACCCUGGGUACGAGGAGUUCGUCAGCUUCUUGACUGAGCAAGCAGUCUCCUUACUCAUCUGCAAGUACGAGUUUGAAAAGGACCUCAAUAAGCAUCUCGGCUUCAUCUCCUUCCCUGUCACCGGGGUUCUCGUGGAUCUCUUCCUGGGCUUCAAGAAGGUGAAGGGCUCCUGCAUCCGCCUGUCCUCGCAGAUCGACUGGAGUUGCCUGCUGCGCAAACUGGAGGAGGCCGAGAGGGCCGGGCAGGCCUCCCAGCUCAGCACCUCCCAGCGCAGCAUGGAGUCCCCCUCCACGCAGCCCGAGCAGGCCACCAACACCCACCAGGACCAGGCCACAGAACUCGGCCUCUCCCCCUACAUGGGAUUGCCAGACAUCCAGCUGCUCAGCCCACAGGAGCCUGUGACAGCUGAGGACCAGAAGCCUCCGAGCCUGUCAGAGCCCAAGCUCUACAUGUCCUCUGGCACUGGCAUGGGCUCCAAUCCCCACAAGUCCAAGGAAACAGUGACCAUCAAGGACAGCAAGGGCAGUGACGAGGAUGAGGACUCCUCUGAGGAAGAGAAUGAGGACAAGUCCCAGAGCCUCCCCGACCCCCCGUGAGGUCCCUGUAAGCCACACCAAGCUCUCAAUUCCCUGCUCCACUCACUCCAUUGGAGUCGCUGCCCACCCAGCAGCCCUCCCCUGAGCAGGGGUCAGGAUGGGCUG